GACGCGGCCGAGCCGGGGGAAGGGUCACGGUGCGCGCGGGGUCGGAGCCCGGCCGGCCGGGCUCCGAGUUCCCUGCUACCGCCCAGAAUCAGACUCCCGGACCCACCCCGGAAGCCAAGAAGGGGGCGCGGGCCCGGAGGCAGGAAGCCCUGCUGGAGGAGCGCCGGGGACGCGGGCGGUGCUGUUACCGGAAUUAAAGCUGGACUCCCAUUCAGGACAAACAGACCUAUAAUUCCUGGUGUGAUGAGAGAGUGGGAUUUGCUGUCCUGAAGUCAUUAAGCUUGGGCCCUGGUUCCUCUUCAUGAGAGACUAGGGAGAUGGAAGACUUAAAAUCUGAGAAUAAAAAAAGGGUGCUUCCCGCAUGGAUGACAGCCCAGGUGGCUGAAAAGAGGACAGUGCAGGUGAAGACCCCCAAGAGGAGAACAGCCACGGUGCCAGUGGCUGCAGCAAGACUUCCUGCCAUGAGGACUGUGUACUGCAUGAAUGAAGCUGAAAUUGUAGACGUUGCUCUAGGGAUCCUGAUUGAGGGGCUGUCUGCCAGAGACAUGCGAUUCUGUGAUGCCACGUGGUGCGUAUGCCAACAAAGUCCGCUGCCACCGUACCUGUGCCCCACCACGCAUGUGCUGAUGAUGGGCUCCAAUGGCAGACUUGUGCUCUGCAUUGCAGACUUCCACUUCUAGGAAGAUGAAGUACUCGUCCUCUUCUUUCCACUAAGUACAACUAAUACCCUGGGUAUUACAUACCAAAUAAACACAAGAGGCUCUAAAAGGUGAAAAGAAGAAGGCAGAUGAGGGACUUCAGGAGCAGAAGAGGAGCAUGAUGGUGAGUAGUUUGAUGUGUUUUCUUUUUGCCUCAUGCAUCCCAGCCUUAGAGCUGGAGAAGUCAGCAACCCACAAAUGCCAAGGAGUGAAGAAAUAAUGCCUGAAAACUUCCCAAAUUUGAUGAAAGACAGGAAGGUAAAUAUCAAAGAAGCUCAGUGAACUCCAAGUAAGAUGAAAUUUAAAAACCCACAGUAAGUCACAUAAACUUUCAAAAUCAAAGAGAGACUUUUGACAGCAUUAAGAGAGAAGCAAAUUAUUACAUGCAAGGGAUCCUCAAUAAGAUCAUUAUCCGAUUUCUCAUCAGAAACUUUGGAAGCCGGAACACAGUGCAAAACAGGGAAACCCCAAAAAACAAAAAACAGCAGAACUGUCCUUCAAAAAUUAGGUAGAAAUUAAAGACAUUUCCAGAUAAACAAAAGCUGAGGGAGUUUGUGACCAUUUGACAUGCCUUGAAAGAAAUGCCCAAGGGAUUUCUGCAGGGUGAAAUGAAAGGACUCUAGAUAGUAAAUUGAAGCUGUAGAGAAAAAUAAAGGUCUCAGUGAAGUUAAAUACAUGGGAAAUUAUACAAGCUAGUAAGUACCAUUGUAACAAUAGUUUCAAACUGAAUUUUUUGUUGUCUACAUGAUUUAAGAGAAAAACAUUUAAAGAAGAAAAAGCAUUUAUUAGUAUAAAGUAAGUAUUAGACUACUAUCACCUUGGUCUGUAACUCUAAACCUUAUUUAUUACAUAAUUUAAGAGACUAAUACACUUACUUAAAGAAUUAUUAGUUUACGUUUUUGGGCACACAGCAUGUAACUACGUAAUUUGGUGACAUAUACAGCUGAAAGCCUGGGAGUGCAGCUGUAAAGGAACAGAGUUUUUGUAUGUUUUGAAGUUAAGCUGUAUCAAAUUAGAGUGUUAUAACUUCAGGAUAUUAAAUGUAAUCCCCCUGGUGACAACAAAGAAAAGACAUAUAGAAUAUACACAAAAGGAAGUAAGAAAGGAAUUUAAACAUUUCACCACAAAAAAUCAACUAAACACAAAAGAAGACAGGAAUGCAGGAAAUGACGGACAAGAAUACUAUAAGGCAAAUAGAAAACAGCACAGUGACAGGAGUCUCUCUUUAUCAGUAAUUAAACUCUCCAAUCAGAAGACAGAGACUGUCAGAAUGGAUAAAAACACAUGAUCCAACUAUAUUCAGUCUAUAAAAGACUCACUGAGAUCCAAAGACACAAACUGGUUGAAAGUGAAAGGAAGGAAAGAGAUAUUCUAUGCAAAUAGUAACCAAAAGAGGGCAGGAGUGGCUCUAUUAGACAAAAUAGACUUUAAAUUAAUAUAAAAAUGUUACUAGAAACUACUUUAAAAAAGAUAUGUUAAUAAAAGAUUCAAUACAGCAAGAAGACAUAACAAUUAUAAACAUUUACAUACCUAAUGACAGAUCAUCAAAAUGUAUGAAGCAAAAACUGACCGAAUUGAAGGGAGAAAUAGACAGUUCUACAAUAUAGUAGGAGACUUCAAUACCCCACUUACAAUAGGGAGACCAGUCAGACAGAAGAUAUAUAAGGAAAAAGGACUUAACACAAUGAGUCAUCAAAACUUAACAGACAUAUACAGAACACUACCCAACAAUAGAACACACAUUCUUCGCAAGUGCAUAUACAGGACAUUUUCCAGGAUAGAACAUAUGCUAGACCACCAAUUAAGUUUUAAUAGAUUUUAAAAGAUAGAUAUCAUACAAAGUAUCUUUUCUUACCACAGUGGGAUAAAGUUAGAAAUAACAAAAGGAAAAAUAAAAUGUUCAAAAAAUUGUGGAAAUUAUACACACACUUUUAAACAGUGAAUCAAAGAAGUCACAAGAGAAACUAGGAAAUACAGAGUUGAAUGAAAAUGAAAACACAACAGAGCAAAAUUUAUGGGACACAGUGAAAGUAGUGCUAAGGGGGAAAGUUAUAACUAUAAACACAUUCAAAAACUAAAGAUCUCAAGUCAGUAACCUAACUUUAAACUUAAGGAACUAGAAAAAGAAGAAAAAAUUAAAUCCACAGACAGAAGAGGAAGGAAGUAAUAAGGAUUAGAGCAGAGAUAAAUGAAAUAGAAAAACUAGAGAAAAAUCAAUGAAACCAAAAGUUGUUGAUUCUUUGAAAAGAUCAACAAAAUUGACAAACCUUUAGCUAAGUGGACAAAGAAAAAAAGUUAAAUUACUAAAAUCAGAAAUGAAAGUAGAGAUACUACUACCAAUUCUACAGAAACAGAAAGGAUUAUAAGAGUAUUGCAAACAAGUGUAUGCCAAUAAAUUAGAUAACCUAGAUGAAAUGGACAAAUGACUAGAAACACAGAACUUACCAAGACUAUCUCAUGCAGAAAUAGAAAAUAUGAGUAGACCUAUAUAUAACUAGUUGAGGAGAUUGAAUCAGUAAUGAAAAUUCUCCCAACCAAAAAUAAAGCCCUGGACCUGACAGUUUCUUGGGUGAUCUAAUGCUGAUCUUUCUCAAACUUUUCCAAAAAACUGAAGAGGAAGGAACAUUUCCUAACUCACUCUGUAAGACCAGCAUUACUGUGAUACCAAAGCCAGACAAAGACACUACAAGAAAAUUAUAGACCAAUACCCCUUAUGAACACUGAUGCAAAAAUCCUCAACAAAAUAAUAGCAAACCAAAUUCAGCAGCAUAUUAAAAGGAUUUACACCAUGACCAAAUAGGAUUUAUAUCUGGAAUGCAAGGAUAGUUUUAACAUAUGAAAAUUGAUCAAUGUAAUACACCAAAUCAAUAGAAUGAAGGGAAAAAAACACAUGACCAUCUCAAUUAAUGCAGAAAAGGCAUCUGACAAAACUCAACACCC